CUCCCCUUGUCUUCCCGUUUCCAUGGACUCGGCUGGAGAUGCAGUGGUGCUGUCCCAUCUCCCAUCGAUCCCACUUGUUCUUCUUUUUUUCCCUUUCCCUUUUACUUUUCCGUUUCUCCUCUUUUAGAAACCGAUUGGGGUCCAGGGGAGUGCGGAUGCCGAUGGAUGUCCAUUCCAGAUGGAGUCUGGUCCGGACAGAUUGGAUGAUCCAAGGUGGGACACGGCAUCACUUCACUGGCCCAAAAAGAAGCAUGUUCUGCCGCCCGUCACCUCUCCUCGUCGACUCGCAGGUUAUCAGUGUGCCUGUGUGUGUGAGGUGGCAUGGCAUGUCGCAUAUCGGUCGGUCGGUCGGCAUGGCUGGCUGGCUGGCUGGGUUGGCACAAUCGAAGCCGCAGGGCAUCAAUCCAUCAAUCCCGCAUCCCAUCUCUCAGAUGCAGUAUCUCGCCCAUCCCAUCAUCUUCUAUUUAUCUAUUUAUCUCUCUUCUUCAACAAGCAAGCAACGUCAACCAACAGGAGGCACCAUUGCAUGGCUACACCACCUUACGCUUCCGACGACUCGACAGCACAUUGUUACUCUCCGUUGUUUCAAUCACAACCCCCCGGAUGGCUGCCCAAUAGCUUAUACAACAACGACAGAUCCCAAUGGAUACAUAGCAAAUCCGGACCUGCUUUUAAGAAGUCGACUCCGAGUCGCUCAAGCUGCUACUGACAUUACAGAUAGAAACAGAGAAAAGUCCAUCUUAUGCCGAACAGUUGCAGCCGCCGCCCUACCUAUGACACAAGCGGACGGAUUCACCCCCAGCUUGCGACACCUCGCAGCUUGGCGCUGGCGCACUCUUUCUCCUCAUUUCACCCGACACCACAUGGCCGGCACUACACCAUCACACUCGACGAAAAAAAAAGGGAUUGAAGCAGAUCACAGAGGGUAGGGGGGGGGCCAUGACGACGUUUGGAACAGCGCUGGCGUGGCACAUUUCUUCAAACUGCAUGUCUCUUGGGUUCUCGAUGACUACGACGCUGGCACUUUCCAUUGGGGUGCCAUUCUACCCUUUUGCUGGCCGCCACACCGUUUUGACGCUUUUCCGCUUUGGGCGACGAAUUAAAUCAGAUGCAACAAAAAACUUGCAGGGAGUGCGGAUUUCUGAUUGGCCAGCCCAACCACAGGUCAUC